GGCACCUGUUGCAAAAGGAAACCAGAGGUGAGGCUUCCGCUAAGACACAGAAUGCUCAGGUUUCAUGUCUUACUCCCUUUGCUCCCAAUGGGUGUCAGUUGUAAGGAGUGAGCGGGCUCUGUGCCAUGUUGCCACUACACAAAGCUUGACACUGUUCAUAAAUAAUUUCACAGGGAUAGAUAGAUAGAUAGAUUAUUAUUAUUUAUAGAUAGAUAGAUAGAUAGAUAGAUAGAUAGAUAGAUAGAUAGAUAGAUAGAUAGAUAGAUAGAUAGAUAGAUAGAUAGAUAGAUAGAUAGAUAGGAACACGCUUUCUUUCUCUGGGAGUGUUUGUGCAUGUACAUCUAAAUGGCUAUGAGGCCUAAUUUCCUACAAGACCACAGAUAGAUUGGUUGUUAUACACUUAAGAAAUGCCCUUCAACGGCAUUGGUAAAUAGAACAUCUAUGAAACAUACAUUUUACAACAAACACAUACAUACACAUCUGCGUGAGUGUGCCCUAAAACAGACCAGUAUUCCAGUCUUUUGUUUUUCCAGCGUAUGAGAGAACCAAAUUCUUUCUCCCUUUUCGCCUACCUCUCUCCUUCAAGGAUGAUUUCUCCCUCCUUCCCUCCCUCCGCUCCCCUCCCCUCCUGCGCUGCUGCAUUUUCCCCAGUUGUUUAGCGGCGUGAUACGGAGCCCUGCAAAGCUGACGGAAACGACUUCUUUUAAGGAUUGAAUUCAGACUUUAGAGGACACGGAACUGCGUCAAAAACCCUUCAAUUACCUGAACAGGGAAUAAAGCGCCGACGCUCCGAAUCCACGUAUCACCGAUGCUGCUCUGUGUCUCCGGAGAAAGCCGCAUUCAUUACAUCUUCGGUUUUGGGUUGCUAAAUGGUUUUCUGGGGGAGGAUUUCUAACCAACGAGAUGCUGCUUAUUUUUCUGCUGGCAGCCUUUUUUUCCUGUUUCUCCGACACCCUCUCCUCCUCCCUCUCCUCCCCUUCCGUGACAGACGGAUUCCCAACGGCAGACCCAUCGGCCUCGUACUUAAUGGCUGAAACCUGCAGUGCCUGUUCCUGCAUGUCAGUGGAAAAUGUGCUUUAUGUCAACUGUGAGAAGAUCACUGUGUAUAGACCGACACAGCUCAUUCCACCGUCGUCGUUCCUGUACCACCUUAACUUCCAGAAUAACUUCUAUAUUGUACUCUACCCCAACUCCUUCCUGAACUUCACUCACGCUGUAUCACUGCAGCUGGGAAACAAUAAGCUGCAAAGCAUUGAAGGUGGAGCAUUUCAGGGGAUGUCGGCAUUGAAACAGCUGCAUCUAAACAAUAACGAACUGAAGGUUCUUCGUGCAGACACUUUUCAAGGAAUUGAAAACUUGGAAUACCUUCAGGCUGAUUAUAACCUGAUUAAAUAUAUUGAAAAGGGAACAUUUAACAAACUGCACAAAUUGAAAGUGCUGAUUUUGAAUGAUAAUCUUGUACAGGCACUGCCUGACAAUAUAUUUCGCUUUGUCUCACUCACACAUCUUGAUAUAAGAGGAAACCGGAUUCAGAAGCUUCCCUAUUUAGGAGUUCUGGAGCAUAUCGGGCGCAUUGUAGAGCUACAGCUGGAUGAUAACCCAUGGAACUGUACCUGUGAUUUAGCGCCGCUCAAGUCAUGGCUUGAAAACAUGCCCUAUAACAUAUUUAUUGGUGAGGCCAUAUGUGAAACACCGAGUGAUUUGUACGGGAGGCUGCUUAAAGAAACCAGCAAACAGGAACUUUGUCCUAUGGGAACAGGUAGCGACUUUGAUGUGAAAAUGCCACCAGCAGAUAAUGGACAGUCACCUUCGAUCACAUCACCAACCAGUGUGGCUCCUUUUGCCACAAAAGCACCAAAAAUGACAGACUCGUCUAAGAUUUAUGGGAAUGGUAUCAUUGCAGGGUUGCCCCCUUACGGAAGAAACAGUCAGAUUGUGUCCUUUCAGACAAGGAUCCCUCCCUUGUGUCCACAGCCUUGCAGUUGCAAAGCCCAUCCCUCGGACUUUGGCAUAAGUGUCAGCUGUCAAGAGAGAAAUAUUAAAAGUCUUGCUGAACUUAUUCCAAAACCACAGAAUGCUAAGAAACUUCACCUCAGUGGGAAUUACAUCCAUGACAUAAGCUUGACUGAUUUUCAGGGUUUUGAAGGCUUAGAUUUGCUGCAUCUAGGAAGUAAUCAAAUAGUAACAGUCCAAAAAGGUGUGUUUACUAAUUUUACUAACCUAAGAAGAUUGUAUUUGAAUGGAAACCAGCUUGAGCAGUUACACCCCGAGAUGUUUUUGGGUCUCACAAACCUACAGUAUCUCUAUUUAGAAUAUAAUGCUAUAAAAGAAAUCCUAGCAGGUUCAUUUGACCCCAUGCCAAAUCUGCAGUUGCUGUAUCUGAACAAUAACGUUUUAAGGAGUUUACCUGCCUAUGUGUUUGCAGGUGUGCCUUUAGCCAGACUUAAUUUAAAAAACAAUCACUUCAUGACGCUGCCAGUAAGUGGUGUAUUAGAUCAGCUGCAGUCACUGUCCCAGAUAGACCUAGAGGGCAACCCAUGGGAGUGCUCAUGUGAUCUUGUUGCCCUCAAACUCUGGCUAGAGAAGUUAAAUGAUGGACUAGCUGCCAAAGAGGUGAAGUGUGCCUCUCCAGUGCAGUUCUCCAACAUUGAGCUACGCCACUUGAAAAACGAGAUCUUAUGUCCUAAACUUAUUGCAAGGCCACCAUUAAUUCACACCAGGGCCACCCCUGUAAUGACUUCAGUGUCAUCUGCAGGAGUUGGCAAAGCUCCACCAGGAGGACCUGUGCCUCUUUCGAUUAUGAUCCUUAGCAUCCUUGUAGUGCUAAUCCUUACUGUGUUCGUGGCCUUCUGCCUUUUAGUCUUUGUUCUGAGGCGGAACAAAAAGCCGGUGGGCAGACAGGAAGGGCUUGGAAAUCGGGAGUGCAGCAAUAUGUCAUUGCAACUUCGCCGUCACAGCCAUAAAUCUGGCAAGAAAGGUGCCAUCCCAGGAGAUGACUUGGGAGGUGAGACAUUCAUCCCUCAGACCAUAGAGAAUUUUGGCAAAAGUCACACCUGUGGGAUUGGACGUUCCUCAGACAUGGAUGCUGGGUUCAAGUUCGCUGAUUCUCAGAGACAAAAGAUUAUCUUCCGCAACAGCAGUGAAACGGAAAAAGAACCACUUGCCACCCUGGAGCAAAACAAACGUCUCAGCACCAUUGAUGAACUUGAGGAAUUCCUCCCCAACAGAGAGUCUAGCAUGUUCAUUCAGAACUUCUUAGACAGCAAAAGGGAAUUCAACAGUAUAGGUAUGCGCGGUUAUGAAAUCCGCUACCCAGAAAAAACACUGGAUAAAAAGAUGAAAAAAUCAUCACUGAUAGGCGGAAACCAUAGUAAAAUUGUAGUGGAACAUAGAAAAAGUGAGUACUACGAGCUUAAAGCCAAGCUCCAAGGAACACCUGAUUACUUGCAGGUGCUUGAGGAGCAGACUGCACUCAGUAAAAUAUAGUUUCUUAUAUUUAAUUUACUGCAUUCAAUACAAAAAAGUCGCACCCACAAGCAGGCAUUUAAGCCCAUAUACUCUUCUUGAAGCUGUCCUUCACGUCUCCUCCUUCCCCUUCUGUGUAUCAGCACACAUACACAUUAAAAAAAGUGCCUUUUGGAAAAACAUUAAUGACCAAUGCAAAAUGAGCCCACACUACCAAGCUAUUACUAGAAUAGCCAGGAUGUUGUCCAAAGUAAAAGACUGGAUUAUUCAUGCCACUGAAAAUCAAAAUCAAAAUACAUCACAUACAAAUGACAUAACACACUGAAAGCAACCAUUAUUUUUACUUACCUUUCUAUGGCCUUUGGUUUAUUUUUUUCAUAGAGUCAUUUUUCCAAACUGAAUCAAAUGGUGGUGGAAUACAAUGCUCGACAAUAUACCUCGCCAAAUUCAACUUUCAUUGUAUAAAGAAGAAGGAAAAUGUGUCAAAGCUAUUUUCUUUCGUGAAAUUGCAGAAUCAUUACUCUUGGGAAAAGAGAAGACUCAAUGAACCAGUGGAUACAACUUUUGCUUGUUCAGUUUGCAUGGGUACAUGUCGGUUUUGGAGAUGCUCUCUUGAUUCAGCUGCAGGAUCUCUGGAUUAUUCAACCAGAAGCAGGACAUCUGCUUUUGCUGGGUGACUAAAUGGCUUUUUGUUACAAUUCAUUGGAAUUGGAGGCACCGUAGAACUCUUGAGUUGAUCUUGGGACUUUUUUCUUUGUGUAAAAAGCCAUGUCAUAUUAGAUGUAUUCUGAAUGAAGUUGUAUUUCUGUUCAAAAAUUGCUACUUACAAUUAAUGUAUGUUUUGGGUUAAGUUUUACUGCACAAACACUGUCACAGGACAUUGUUUAUGAAAAAUCACAAACUCAAAAUGAAAAGAAAAAAAAAAAAAAAAA